CAACAAAGGGGUAGAUCCCAAGCCCAGUCUUCACGUUUAAUUAUUUUUCUCCAAAAGAAAAAUAUUUUCUGGGCUUUUCGUUUUAAAUUCCUGGCCACUCUGCUUCAGUUGGCGCGUGUUGGUAACGCUCUUCCUUUCAUGGUUUUGCUCUGUCGAUCCGAAUCGGGAAUCCCUCGCCGGAGCUCUACCGGCUCCUGAUAAUUUAAUGGCAUCCGCUGUGUUAGUGAAUCGGAGCGGUUCAAAUUGGCCAUCGCAGCCGAAAGUGAGUAUAGCCAAAUUCAUGGGCAAGGUUCCCUUCAAAGGAACAAAACCAAACCCUAAAUUCAACAAGAAGCGUCAAUUUCACAAUCAUUUGGCUCCACCAGAUGACGUUGCUGGCCAUGUCGUCGAUGAUUCUCCUGCCGUGACCCAAUCCGCAGAUUCUGAUGAUGCAUCAUCAAUUAACCGGAAGCUGAACGAUUUCAACCCUGACGCCUUCGUUAGCUUCCGUAUCAGCUCUUAUUCGAGGAAAGAGUUGAUUGAUCUGAAAAUUCAGUUGGUUACAGAGUUGGAACGGGUUCGUGAAUUGAGGAAUCGAAUUGAUUCGAAUGAUUCUCACGCUAGAUCCAGCUCCAACAAGAAAGCGUUAUCCAAGAAGAACAUUUCUGGCAACAAACGGCCUUCCCCCUCAAAUUUCAGCAAAGAAUUGAAGAGAUUAGGCCCUCAAGAGAAUGGAAAAGCAUCAAUGGGUCAUUUGAUGAAAAGUUGUUCCCAAAUAUUGAUCAAAUUGAUGAAAAACAAGCAUGGGUACAUCUUUAAUUCGCCGGUGGAUGUGGUCGGAAUGGGUCUUCAUGAUUACUACAAUAUAAUCAUGAAACCAAUGGACCUGGGCACGGUGAAAUCGAGGAUGGGAAAGAAUUUUUAUGGGUCUCCCUUGGAAUUUGCGGCGGAUGUGAGACUCACCUUCAAUAACGCCAUGCUGUAUAACCCUAAGGGGCACGAGGUUUAUGCGUUGGCUGAGCAAUUACUUGCGAAAUUUGAGGAGUUGUUUUGGUCGUUGAGCUUGAAGUUGGAGGAGCAAGACGAGCUACCCGAACGGGGUUAUUACGAGGAAAAGUUGCAGGCGAGUUCUUGGAAUAAUGGUGAAGCCGAUAGGUUGAAGAACGAUGAGGAAAUGGAGGCUGAGAGGAUAAUGGUUGAUAGGUCAGAUUCAGCUAAUUUUGUUGCAAAAUCUGAUAGAAAUGGAGGGGUUUCGGGCUUUGUUCCAAACCAAAAUCCAGCAUCACCCCAACAGAUGCAACCUCAGGUGCCGACUAGGGUGGCUUCACCAGUAAGGCUUCCCCCGUUUAAGCCAUUGAAGCAGCCGAAGCCGAAGGCCAAGGAUCCGAACAAGAGGGAAAUGAGUAUGGAGGAGAAGCAAAAUUUGGGGAUGGCAUUACAGAGCUUACCGCAAGAGAAGAUGGAUAAUGUGGUUCAGAUUAUAAGGAAAAGGAUUGGACAUUUGAGGCAGGACGGGGAUGAGAUUGAACUUGAUAUUGAGGCAAUGGACACGGAGACGUUGUGGGAGUUGGACCGGUUUGUCACUAAUUACAAGAAGAAGGUCAGCAAGAUAAAGCGGGAAGCGUUGAUGGCAAACAAUGCAUUAUCUAAUGACAGCCAUAGGGAAGAUGCAAAUACAGAGAAGUUUGAGGUUCCAAUGGAGAUAAAGAAGCUAAAGAAAGUUGAUGCGGGAGAGGAAGAUGUAGAUAUUGGGGAUGAAAUGCCAAUUAGUAGUUUCCCACCUGUGGAGAUUGAGAAGGACAAUGAUGGUGCUAGUCGCAGUUCUAGCAGCUCCAGCAGUUCGAGCAGUGAUUCGUCAUCUUCAAGUGGUUCAGAUUCUGGGAGUUCUUCAGGAAGUGAAUCGGAUGCUGAUGAUGCCCGAUCUUAAAAGGAUGAGCUAUAUUUUGAAGCUUGUGAACUGAUAUUGGGUUUUUUUUUUGGGGGGGGGGGGAGGGGGUUUAGAUGAGGAUAGAUUUUGGUAACAUACUGGAAAAAAGAUGUGGAUUCCAAACAGUGUUUGAAUGCUGCUGCUGAAGAAGUGAACCUUUUUUCCCCUUCUAUUUUUGUGUCGAUGUACAGGGGGGGUGGAGGAGGAGGAGGGGGUUGUUUUAAUGUGGUGGUGUUUUGUAAUGGUUGCUCUCUUUAAUGGGGGGAGGAUUGCAGGGAAGAGGGUUUGGUGGAAUAUGGGUAGUGGUGGUGGGGGAAUACUUUAGUAAUGGCAUCAACCCUGAAAAAAGGGGAUGGGGAUUACAUGAUUCUCGGCGUCAAAACAAUAGAAGCAAUUUUAAAAUGGAAUCAAUGGUUGUUGGCAAGCAUGGUAUGGCAACUCAUUCAAAUUUCAGACCCUUGUAUUUUUUUUAAAUAAACAUAGGGAGAUUAUGUAAUGUGCAAGGGAGGUUGGGAAAUGAUGGGAUGACAGAUUGAAGUGAAGCCUGAACAGAUUUUGGAUCAUAUCUGGAAAGUAAUUGA